AUGAUUGCUCGUUGUCGUGCGAAAUGUUGGAUCAUUCAAUUGAAGGAAGAAAACCAGGAUUUGCAACUUUCUACUAAUCAACGUGGAAUCAAAGGUCACAUAAUUGUUUAUCCUCAGCGCCCAGAAGGGAUUGCAAAUGUCUUACCUCCAUCAGUGGAUGACAUUAUUACGCCGAUUUGCAUCAUUUUUGUGGGCUCAUGUCCUCCAACUCGUGCAUGGCUUGAAGAAAAGGCCAAACCUUUGAUAGCUCGGAGAGAAAAAGUUCGUGCUGCAUUAGUUUGGUUGAAGGAACACAAUCAUCUGUAUAAAGAUAUCAUCAUUGAUUUUGAUGUUUUGAAUUCUAUGGAAGAAAAAAUGUUGAUGCCUUUUCACAUCGACCACGUUCUUCCAAAUGAUGCACGUGAUUCCUUGACAUCGAAGUAUGAUGCAACCGAGGCAGUGCAGUCAGAAGAUUUAUCUGAUACUAUGUUUGAAAAUGUUGUAGUCACUGAUGUUGACAGAAAUGCAUCUGCAAAUGAAUUGCGUGCAGCAGCAGUCCGUCAUAUCAAGAACAAAGGCGGUGGAUAUGUCCAGAUCCCUCAUGAUCCUCAACCUGUCAAUGAGUUCUUCGAUCCAAAUCUCUUUCCAAUGAUUUAUCCUACCUUGUUUCCAUAUGGAUUGGGAGGAUUUGAAGACCAUCUACGUCCUGAACCUUUGUCAAUCAAGAGACACAUUAAACACCUU